UGCUUGCUCAUCGCCGGAAUCGGUCAGGUGACGUCGACAGUCAGGCACACCCACACGCACGUCAUUACAACAGCUGUCUCUUAGUCUUGUACACAAAGUACAAGCAUGCACAUUACCACAACAGAUCUAAGUACGUAGGCAGCUUCGAGAAGCUCAAGGAUUUUCAGGACCUGGAAGAUCCUCGCUCGCGACGCUGGGAAGCGUCUACACGCUCUUCGAUACGGUGACUGACCCACAGAACGACGCCGGGGGCAGCACGAACAUGGCCACUCAGCAUCACCCCAUCUACGACGUCUUUGCACGUGUCGAGGACAACUUCAGCAAGACAGCGCUGGGCCCCUCGCGGUGGUACAUUGCCACCAUUGCCGCCCUCGUAGGCGGCAACGACCCUGACCUGUGCGCCAACCUCUACACCUACCUCCUCACCAAGCCUGAGUUCUCCACCCCGCCGCAGCGCCAGGCCCUCGUUCGUCGCCUGCGCGAGGCCCUCGUCAAGUCCGUCAGCAUCAUCGGCGUGUGUAAGCCCCUGGAGGCCAUCAUGGCCAUCAAUAGGUGCGAGAGGGACGAGGACAAGGACAGAAGCGCCACCCGCGAGGGCUGGCAGUGCGACGAGGCGAACCGCCAGCGUGGCCAGGACUGGCUGGGCACGCUCUACACGCGCGACGCGAGCCAGACGCUGGGCCUGUUUGACGACCACAAGGACUUUCAGUGGAUCACCGAGAGAAUCACGUAUGGCCUGUACCUGAGUGAUCGCCAGGUGCUGGAUGAUGUGGAGACGGAGAUGGUCGUGCUGCCGGGCAUCAUGAUCCAGAACUUACGGACGGAGACACACUGGCAUAUCCGGGGGACGCGGCGCCUGGGUGUCUCGGCGCACGACGUGAAGCUCGUGUGGGACUCGGUGCAGUUGGUUGCGGAGUAUCUGGGACUGAGUUUGAACCGUGUGCCUACUGUCGAGCAGGUCGAAGGAGAUGUAUAGACAGGUCUUCUGCUGGUGGGUAGGACACUUAUAGCAUCCUGUACCGAAAUGAGAGCCGACAGCUAUACCGGCGCAGGAAUCGAUUGGAGAAGCGUCCGUGACUGAUCCUCUGCCAUGUCAAGGCUCCUGCAAUCGACUGCACAUCAUCUCCGCAAUCAGGCUGUCCCGGUACAAGGACGGGCUAAAGGGCGCACAGUCCUUGACGAGCUCCAGGAUGGCGAGGGUCCAUUGCUGAUAGCCAUCGGGGAGGACGACGGCGAGAGCGCCGUCAU